CUCCUGUGGUUUGUAAUGUAAUGGGCAGCACAGAUGUCUUGAUACCUCAGGCUGUUGAUGUUGAAAGCGUUCAAGAGUCAUCCAGUGUUCAUCUUCAACGCCUCCUCCUUGGGCUGCUGACUGAAACAGUAAAGUCUGUGUGCAUGUACACCCUUGUAAAGAUGUUUGUGAUGUAUUUCUGUUGUGUUUUCAGUGUGUGAGCUGCACGUCCACAGCGACUGCGCUCCGUUCAGCGUCAGCGACUGCAGGAUCUGCCAUCAGGAUGGAGGACAAGACAUUGACACAUACCAGCACCACUGGCGGGAGGGCAACAUGGGGUCCGGUGCCCGCUGUGAGCUCUGCCACCGCGUCUGCAGCUCCUCAGACGUUCUGGCGGGCAUCAGAUGCGAAUGGUGCGGCAUUACUGCUCAUGCAUCGUGCUGCGUCUCAUCAGAGUGUGUUUUCGGCCGGCUGCGCAACAUGAUUCUCCAGCCCGGCUGCGUGCGCAUCUGCUCCAGAAACUUCAGCAAAAUGCACUGCUACCGAAUCUCCGAGAGCUCCCAGCACUCUGACAUGGAUAACCUGGAUGAUGUGGACACUCAGAGUCCAGUGACGGCGAGAGACGCUCAGUCCAGCAGCUCACCUGACACAGGUAAACAGACGCUGAAGGUUUUCGAUGGUGACGAUGCAGCCAAGAGGAAUCUAUUCCGUUUGGUUUCCAUCCCUCGAAUCAUCAAGAAUGAGGAAGUGGUGGAGUCUGCACUCAGAGCCUUUUACAUCCCAGAUGAAGCCCAGGAUUACGAGCUGCAGAGUUACGGCCAGCAGGGUCUGUUCACCGAGGACAUUAUCAACCGUAACGGCACACCGGACAACAAAUCUGUCUUUAAAGACGCUGCGUCUGAUUCCUGGCUGCUCAGAGCCAAACCCAGAGACACAGAGGUGGUGAAGAUUUACCCCGGCUUGCUCAAGGUUGGAGUCUCCUAUAUCUCCGUCACUGCGGGCAGAGGCAGCACAGUGAACUCUGUCAUUACAGAAGCGCUCGCACAGCUGGGAAAACAGAAUGAAAAUCCUGAUGACUUUAACCUGGUAGAAGUGUUCAUGAGCAGCAAACAAGUCCAGCGGCAGAUACUCAGUGGUCAGGAGCUUUUACUGGAUAAACUGCAGGAGAUACGGAAGGUAUGUGUGUCGAAAGCCGUUCUGAUAAUCAAACACGACUCUUAAACGUCCUGUGAAGUGCUUUAACAUGUACAUUUAUUAAUUUGAUGUUUGAUGAAAUCUCAACUGAGACAUGAAGAGAGGGCGGGGCAUAUCAUAGCUCCUCCCCUUUUUUGAAAAACACAGACUGAUAUCCUUGACAUACAGAUCCUAACAUCUUAUUUUUUUAAGUAGUGCAAUAUGAUUUGUGCAUUUACAAGUGAACAUUUGUUUUCUUAUUGAGUCCUUGUUAUAUGGAGCGUAAGGAAGUGUCUGGUGCACAUGGAGAGAAGAGUGUUUCUUCUAAAUUAACGCUAAAUCCUUCUUGAAAAUAACAUAACACACUUUCACCUUAAAAAGGAACACAUUUAGUUAUUUUUAAAGGGAUUUUUAAUGUGUGUGUUUGUUUGUG